AUGGCGUAUAGCUACUCCGUACUAGAGUUUGGCACGAUGGUAGGGUUGCACCUGAAGUUUUACGGACCCAAUCCAGAGGAGAAAUACGUGCGGUUCGUGUGGGACAUGGUGACCCGGAACCUACAACACAGGGCGUUGAGGGAAGGCCAGUGGGCACGUUGGGAGAAACUCCAGCCACAG